AUGCUUUAUUCAUUUUUAAAACAAUCAGCAAAUAUUUCUCCUGAUGCAAUUGUAUUUUAUUCGGAUAAUUAUAAAUGUACAUAUAUUGAAUUAGAUGAAAAAGUUACAAUUUUAAGUAAUGGUUUAUUACAAAAAGGUUUGAAAAAAGGUGAUAGAAUAGCAUCGUAUCUACUUAAUUGUCCAGAAGGUAUAUAUUUAUAUUUUGCAUGUUUUAAAAUUGGUGUAUCUGUUGUUAUUAUACAUCCAUCAUUUCGUGAUUUCGAAAUUCGAUUAUUAAUUGAAAAUACUCAACCAAAACUAUUAAUUACACAAUUAGAAUUAUAUAAAAAUAUUCAACAAUUGGGUAAAGAAUUUUCUUCAUUAAAAGAUUAUUAUUAUUUAAUUGAUUGUUCACAUAAUGAGAAUUCAAAUAUAUUAUCAUUUACAGAUCUUUUGAAUGAAACUUAUCAAAACAAAAAUUUAAUAGAAGAAGAAGAAAUUUCAGGUGAACAAGAAGCAAUCAUAUAUUUAACAUCUGGUUCUACUGGCAGAUCCAAAUGUGUACAGUCAAAUCAUAAACAACAUUUCUCAUAUAUAGAAACAUAUAAAACACUUCAAUUUAAUUAUAAUGAUAAAUUUUUAUUAAUAAGUCCAAUUAAUAGUCUAAGUGGAUUAAAUUUAGGUAUACUUCUAGCUGUACGAUAUGGUUCAACAUUUUAUUAUUUAUCAACUAAUUUACCUUCUAAACAAUAUAUGAAAAUGAUUCCAUCUGUUUUAUAUGAGCAAAAAAUAACUUGUUUUGCCUGUAUAUCAUCCCUAUUACGUAAUCUUAUUGAAGAAAUAGAACAAUAUACUAAAAAACAAUAUAGAAAAAACUUUUUACGAGUUUGUUUCGUUGGUGGUGAAAAAUUUUCUAAAUUAAGUUCGGAAAAAUCAAGAAAAUACUUAGGCAUCUAUCCUCAUGAAACAUAUGGAAUGACAGAAACAAGUGGUCCUGUUGCUGUUUCAGCUGAUUAUCCACCUAUAUGCGGACGAUUUAAACCAUUAAAUGAAACAAUAAAAUUUCGAAUAACAAAUGAUAAUUGGGAAGAUAUGCCUUAUAAUACAUCUGGUGAAAUAACAAUAUAUUCAGAUACAAUAAUGACUGGUUAUGUAAAUGAUCAAGAAACUACUCAAAAAAUAAUAAAGAAUGGUUGGAUUAAAACUGGUGAUAUAGGAUAUUUAGAAUCAGAUGAUAUUUUAAAUGUUGUUGGACGUUUAAAACAAAUUAUUAUAUGUAAUGGAUGUAAUAUUAAUUUAUUAGAAUUAGAAGAAACAAUACGUGAAUGUAAUGAUGUUUAUGAAGUUUGUGCAACAAGUAUACCAUAUAUGGAAUCAGAAAAACCAGUUGUAUAUGUAACAUUUCAUUCAUCUCAUUCGAUCAAUAUUGUUGAAGAUGAAGAAUAUUUAUUUUCUUAUUUAAAAGAAAGAGUAGCUGAAUUCAAAAUACCAUUAUAUAUUCGAAUAUUAGAUGUUUUACCAAAAAAUAUAAUUGGUAAAAUAGAUCGAAAAAUGUUAUCAGAAAAAGCUUUAAAAGAAUUUACUCAACAUGAAAUUUAA